GUUUCCUUUGCAGAAAAUGCGAAUCAUAGAUGUAUUGUUAACCGCAGUUAUUUUGCUGAUGAUGCAAAAUUCAAGUGCCGAAAUUCCCGGUUGCGACUUCUACGACACCGUGGAUAUUUCAAAAGCGCAAAGGUUCUCGAACGGAUCGUACCUAUAUGAAGGCUUGCUGAUCCCCGCCCAUUUGACUGCUGAAUACGACUUCAAGCUCCUGCCCGACGACUCAAGGGAGAAAGUGGCGAGCCACGUAAGAGGAUGUGCCUGUCAACUAAGACCCUGCAUCAGGUUCUGCUGCCCUCAGUACCACAAGAUGAAAAAGGGCCAGUGCUACGGCGACAUGUCAAAGGACGAGUUGGACAGGCACGAUCCCUUCGUGAACGUGUCGCUCAGCGACGGGUCGGUGGUGAAGAGGCACUUCAAGGAGGACAUAAUCGUGCAGUCGGAUCUGGCCAAGCCCGGGUGUCCCCGGAUGUACUAUCUGAAUCAAGAAAUGCCAGGCAACGGCUUCACUUUGUUUGAGAAUGGAACUCUUCUGCGUCACUGGGACAACGUGGCGUUGACCAAGCGGGAGUACUGCGUCCAGCAUCUUUCAUUCAGGGAUAAUAGUACCCGAAUUGCGCCUCACUUUUGCCCGAUUUCAUUUGAACCUUCCAAACCAUGGAAGACAGUUGCGUUAGUGCUAUCCCAAAUAUGCAUAGUCUUAACGAUCAGCGUAUAUCUCUACGUCAAGGAGCUUCGCAAUCUAGUCGGCAAGUGUUUCAUCUGCUACUUGACCUCCCUGUUCCUGGGCUUCCUUCUCCUGAUAGUUAACGUGUGGAAUUACUUCAACGGAUUUUGCCCUACGGCAGGUUUGCUGAUGGAGAUAUCAUUAUCAUCAAGGUUACUGGGCUACUUCUUCGUCAUGGCAGCGUUUUUUUGGCUUUCCGUUAUUAGUUUCAACUGCUGGAUUACGUUCAGUGGGUCCUUUAACUGGUUAAAUCGUUUCUUGCCAGAAAAUCGGUUCCUAUAUUACAACUUAUACGCCUGGGGCAUGGCGGUACUCCUGACCGUAAUCACUAUUAUAGCUUACGAGGUGGUUAAGGACGAGAGGUUAAGACCCGCCCUGCCCUUCGGCAAAAGUUGUUGGAUCCUUGAUAAGAAAAUGAGUGUGAUGAUCUACUUCUAUGGUCCGAUGCUACUGAUAAUUGUCUUUAACAUUGUAAUGUUCGUCCUGACGGCGAUUCCCAUAUUGAGGGUAAAGAAGAAUGUGAAGUCCUUCGCCCAACAGCUAGAAUCGAAAGAAAAGCUAAACUCGGACUCACAACAGUUUACCGUAUGCCUGCGACUUUCCAUUAUUAUGGGUUUGUCGUGGAGCUUGGAAAUAAUCUCGUUUUUGUUGGACAAAAACGAGGCUUGGGGCAGGGUUUUUUUGGUGGCUGAUUAUUAUAACUGGUAUCAGGGUACCGUCAUAUUUGUGCUCUUUAUUUUAAAACCGAGGAUUCUUAAACUUAUUAUGGGACAACGAAAACCCCAAUGGAGUCACCAUAACAGAAGAUAAAAAAACUGCUCGACAU